CAACCACGUGAAUUAUUCUGUACACGAUAAAAUUAAGAACAUUGUUUUUCCGAAAUAUUUUAUUGUGUUGGAAGUAAUUAUUUAAGAAAUAUGCCUUUAAAUUAUAAUAAAAAAAAAUUAUCUAAAAAGAUGAAGAAAAUGCCAAGUGUAACAUGUCCAUUAAUAAAAGAUCAUUGGAAUAAUAAGGUAUCAGUUGCUAAAAAUUUAAGUAUUUUUGGGCUAUCUAACAAUCCAAAUAGAUCAGUUUCAACUGGUUUUACCAACAUUCAACCACAAGUAGAGGAAGAAGAUAUUAAUGUACAAAGUAAAAAGCGUAAAAGAGAACCAAGGCAGCCUCAAGUUGUCAAACUCUUGGAAGAACAAGCUAAAAAACCUACUGGAAUUAAACAGAUCACAUUACCUCCAGGCACCGUAAAAUUUUUAACUGGUCUCAUGGAAAAAUACGGUGACAAUUAUAAGGCGAUGACAAAGGAUCCAAAAAAUGUUUAUCAAAUGACAUGGAAACAGAUACGUGCAAAAAUUUUAACAUUUAAAAGCAUAAAACAAUAUGAACAUUUAAUGCCACAGCCAAUUGCUGAAAGUUAAUUUUAAUUAUUAUAGCAUGUAAAAUAUUAAUUAAUAAAAAUUAAUGACAUUUUUUUCAA